CCUACAGCCUAACCAGACUGCACACUCUCUGUCUCUACUCACAUUAGCUUUCGUGUUCUUCAUUUUGCUUGUUGUAUGUAUUUCAAGAACAAUAGUUCAUAAGAAUUUGAUACUUGAUGUCAACACCUUUGGAACAUGAUUACAUAGGCUUAGCAGAGACCUCUUCAAUGGAAAGAAGCUCUGAGAAGAUCUCUUCUUCUUUUUCUUCAUCAUCCUCUUCAAUUCCCCCCAUCAUCGAAGACAAAACCAGCAAAACCACUAAUGACACUUUUUUGAAUCUCAAAGAAACCGAGCUGAGACUCGGCUUACCGGGUUUUCAGUCUCCUGAGAGAAAAAUCUCUCUUUUUGUCAAAGACUUGGAGACAAAUGAUAAAAGGAACGGUUUUCCCAGUAGCCCUUUGAAGAACUUUGUGUCUGGAGCUAAGAGGGGUUUCUCAGAUGCCAUCGAUGCGUCUAAUGGGAAGUGGGUUUUCUCUAUGAAAGGUAAAUCUGAUGUUGAGUUGGCCAAAGGGGCUGUCUUGGCCUCUCCUAGAGGCGGUUUGGAUAGCAAAACCAAUUCCCAGCAAGCAAGACCAUCUGUGUGUAUCAUGAAAGAGGUUGUCCGUGUUCUCCAGUCUCCAAAACCAGUUCAAGAUAAGCAGAAACUUGUUCCUCCUGCAAAUGAGCAUGCUAGUGCUCCUGCUGCAAAGGCACAGGUGGUAGGAUGGCCACCAAUUAGAUCAUUCAGGAAGAACAGCAUGGCCUCUAAUUUGGCAAAGAACAGUGAUGAAGGCGCUGGUUGCCUCUAUGUAAAGGUGAGCAUGGAUGGAGCACCAUACCUGAGGAAGGUUGACCUCGACACCUACAAUAACUAUAUGGAGUUCUCAUCAGCUUUGGAGAAGAUGUUCAGCUGUUUCACUAUUGGGAAAUACAAUUCCAACGAGCUUCCUGCGCGAGAUGGUCUUAGCGAGAGUCGUUUGAUGGAUCUUCUUCACGGAUCCGAGUACGUGCUGACAUACCGAGACAAAGACGGUGACUGGAUGCUCGUCGGCGAUGUUCCAUGGGAGAUGUUCACCGAUUCGUGUAGGAGACUGCGGAUAAUGAAAGGUUCAGAGGCAACUGGACUAGCUCCAAGGGCCAUGGAGAAAUGAAAGAACCAGAACUGAUUCAGAGGCAUCUUGAAGACCUGGAAGAAAAA